AUUUAUUAUCAUUUUCGGACGAUUUUGACAUUCCGAUUUCAAUGUUUUGUUUGGGUUUUGCAAGCAGUCGACACAUUUUUUCGCGUUUCUCAGCCCGCAAUUUAGUUCUAAAGGAAAUAAAUCAUGUUCAAACGUAUUCUUUCGGCUUGCGUUAAUCACUCUAAACCAUCGCUGCUGGUUCGAAACUACGGCAAACACAACAAGAAAUUCCUGUACAAGGAUGGCGUGAAGGUGAACAACAUAUUCUACUAUCCCCGGGAAAACAACGAACAUUCUCUGCCGAAUACCGGUGAACCGUCGAAACUAUUCCGGGUGCGUCGGAUUAAACCGGUCAAGGGAUGUCCCCACUGGGAGAAGCGAAUCUUGAGGGACCUUGGACUUUAUGAGUCAAACGCGGUGGCAGUCGUGAAAAAUAUCCCAGAAAACAAUGCUCGCCUGUGGAAAGUUAAACACUUGGUUGAAGUUCUUCCUAUUCGUUUCCCGUAUGGUGAACCUACAGAGGCCGAUAUAAGCUACACUUUCCUCAAAGAAAAUGGUGAUUGUGUCGUAGUGAAGGACAUAACAUCUCGUGAGGCUCGCAAUGACCGGUUAGAAGCUGCCGUGAAGUAUUCGAAAACCGAAGAGAGGAUGGAUGGCGAAACGUUGCGGAAGGAUUCGCGACUGAAGUGGCUCAAUGCGUGGUAGUAGAUUUAUGAAAGGAUGUAAGAAUAUUAGCGAUGAUGCUGGAUGACCAAAAAAAUAUGGUCAUUAAAGCAUAUAUGUUUGCAUUGUUUAA